GCGCCAAAUUCGCACCCACACCCGUUUCUAAUUUCUCCCGAACCGAAACCCGCGAAGCUCGAGCCACGAAAGCAUGCUACGUCAGCACCACCGUCGAGCCACCGCGACUGAGCUCACGAAAAUGGCGGCGCAUGUGGCAGCGCUGAUCACUCACCCGCGCACGUCACCACCCUCCGCUAACGAACGCCUCUCAUUCCAAUCUCACCGCUCCUUCGCCACCAUGACCGGAAACGACGAGUCGUCGCUCGAAACUAUAUUCCGGCAGAAGCACUCGCUCCGGUCCAGAAUCCGCAAGGAGCUCAAGAACAUGGACCCGACCCGAAAAUCCGAACAAGACGCUGAAAUCCAGAGCAUUGUGUUGAGUGCUCCAUGGUUCAAGUAUAGUGAGAGCAUAUGUGCUUAUAUAAGCUCUCCUGAGUUGCGAGAAGUGGAUACGGCAAGGAUUGUUUCCGAAAUUUUAUCGAAACCCGGCAAUGGUGAAGACGGUGAUGUGGUGAUGAGGAGGAAGCUUUAUGUGCCGCGAGUUGAGGAUAGGAAUAGUAAUAUGAGAAUGCUGAGGAUUGACAGUGUUGAUGAUCUGAUUGUGAAGUCUAUGAAUGUUUUGGAACCUGCGCUUUCAGAUGCCGAGGGGAAACUAUAUGAAGAUGCUAUGGAGGCAAAGGAUCCAAUUGACUUGUUCAUCCUACCUGGUCUUGCUUUUGACAGAUGUGGAAGACGUUUAGGCCGUAGUGGAGGUUAUUAUGACACGUUCCUAAAGAAGUACCAAAAGCUUGCAAAGGAUCGCAAAUGGAAGGAUCCCCUCUGUGUGGCACUAUCAUAUUCAAUACAGAUCGUGGAGGAAGGAGUCAUACCUGUCACUUUGAAUGAUGUUUCUGUGGAUGCUCUUGUAUCUCCAGCUGGUUUCAUUCCGAUUAGCCCAGCGGCUUGGAAUAGAUGUGCCUGAUAGGAGUAGUCUGCAUUCAACUAUCUACAUCCCAGAUGUUUCUGCAUCUGGUGAGGGCCUGCUAGGAACCUACAGCUCUUUUAUUUACUCUAGAUAGGCAUCCUUAUGAUUCUAGAUAGAAUGAACUAUGAACUAUGGAUCAGCGAGUCUCUUCUUUUCCCCUUAGGUAGAGGAAAUAGUUAUAUUGAUUUAGAUGCUUCAUGUACUUCUGAAUCCUGACUGAGCAAUGAUACGCAGAAUUAGAAAUUUGGGAGUCCAGAAUGUUUCAUGGGAAUUGUAAGACUUGCUGGAUAACCAGAAGCAGGAGCCCUGCCUGUAUCAAGGAUUCUGCAUACAUGUAAGUUUUAAACAGUUAUACAGUG